ACCGAUCACAACUUCCGGUGGCGGCGGCAGGGACCGGGCAGGACCCUCCCGGUGCCCGCCAUGGCCCUGAUCGCUUUCCGCCGCGCCCGGGAGCCCGCGGGCCGCUGGAAGGACGGGCGGCUGCAACCGGAGCCGCCGCCGCCGCCGCCGCCCGAGGCCUCCGCGGCCUCCGCCGAUCCCGGGGCGGCCGCGCGGAGCUUCUACGAGAGUUUGUUCACCGAGAGCGGCGGCGCGGAGCCCGCCCGGGAGCCGCCCAGCCCCGCCCACUUCUGCCGCAGCUGCGGGGCCUCGUUCCGUGACCCCCCCGCCCGGCACCGCCGCUCCACCGCGCACCUGCUGGGCCUGGCCGCGGCCCGCGGUUCGGGUCCCGGUUCCGUUCCCGGUCCCGGUUCCGGUUCCGGUGCCUGCUCCGGGCCCGGGUACCGGCUGCUGCUGCGCGCGGGCUGGGCCGGGGGCGGGCUGGGCCCGGCGGGGCGGGGGCGGCUCCUCCCGGUGCCCACGGAGCUCAAACGGGACCGGGCCGGGCUGGGCUGGGCGCGGGGCCCGAACCGGAACCGGAACCGGGCGCGGAUCUCGCACUUCGGGCCCGGAGACACCGCGGCCGUGGCGGGGCCGGAGCGGGACCGGGAGCAGAACCGGGAGCAGAACCGGGCCCGGUUCGGUUCCGAGGCGGCGCAGCGGGGAUGGGAGAUCCGGGUGAGGCGGGAGUGGGAGCGGGAGGAGGCACCGGAGAGCCCCCUGAGGCACCUGAGAGCACCGGGACCCCCCCGGGACCCCGGGACCCCCGGGACCCCCUGA